CAAGAACCCGCGCAUAGCGUGAAAUUUGAAUUCAGACAGCGCCCCCCUGAGACAUCUGCAAAAGUUGCCACGUGUCCUCAACCACAUCCCCUUCAACCUUUUUCUUCUCAAAAACAAAAACCUCUUCAUCUCACUUCUCCCUUCUUCUCUUCCAAAACCUCUUUGCUAAGAAGAAAAGCUUCGGAGAGUACCAAUGGCGUUUGUAAUGAAGCCUUCUUCGCGCUACAGUUCGUACGAUUCACGCUCUUCGACUUCGUCUCACUUCUCAGAUCCCUCUUCGUCGACGGAGUUCAUCAAGCGCAAGUCCCCUCUACCCGCAAAGAACUCAUCAUCCUCACGCGCUCUUGUCAAAUCCAAGCCCUCUGAUAUAUCCAAGUUAAAAUCCAAGCCAUCUGAUCCAAACUUUACUACCAUGGUCAAGAAAUUCAUGGAGAAGCGUUCUAAUUCUUCUUCAUCGAAAACGAAGGUGGAUAAUCGAGUGGGUCUGGUCAUUCCUUCGGAUAUAAUUGCUGAAGAUUUGAAGAAGACGGCGAGGAAGGGAUCGAAUUUCGGAACUCUGCACAAGAAAUUGUUUGGGAAAGGAACGUCGUCGUCGGAGAAGGAGAAGAAGGAGGUGAAGGCGUUGACUGAAGUGAAAGGGAACACGAGGACGCUGGCUAUGGUUUUGAGGAGUGAGAGGGAGCUCUUAAGCUUGACUAAGGAGCAGGAAAUGGAGAUCUCCGAGCUAAAGUUGGUGCUUGAAAAGAAAAAUACAGAAGUGGAGAAAUUGAAGGACUUGUGUUUAAAACAAAGGGAAGAAAUCAAAUCAUUGAAAAAUGCAAUACUAUUCCCAGAUGCCAUUAAUUCACAACUUCAAGACAUUUUAGAGAAACAGGACUCAGAGCUGAAGCAAGCAAAACACUUAAUCCCUACACUGCAGAGGCAAGUGACUUCUCUUACAGGCCAGCUCCAAUGCAUAGCUGAUGAUCUUGCCGAGGUGAAGGCUGAUAAAUAUUCUGGGAGAACUGGUUUUCAGAAUCACAAUAGUUCCCCGAGAACACCAACAUUUAAUCAUGAUGAUGCUUCCAAUUCUUUGGAGUUUAGCUCUGAAGAUCAAGCCAGCCCCUGUAGUCCGGAUGACAUGUUACUCAAAGAUUUAAAUCCUUGUUUGACACCGUACUACGCUAAAACAAGAUCCAAGGAAUUUGAGGGAAUGGGAUAUGAUUCUCCUCAACCGCAAAAUGAAAGCUUAUCUGAAAACAAAAUGAAAUUUGGAUUCAAUUCCUUUAGCAAGAAGUUUUCCAGAAGUUCUGAUUAUUGCCAAAGUUCCAAAACAGAAAACACAAUAAAUCGAGCUGCUCGUAGAUCGGAUGAAACUAAACUCACCUAUGGAAAACAAAAGCACCAUAAACUUUUUUGAAUUGUGUAAUUUUUGCUGUUGAUCUCACCUGUUGGGUUUUUACAUUAGAUUUCUCAAGUUUUGCCUGUAAUUCAGUCAGCAUGUGGUAUCAUGCACUAUUAUAAGAUGAACAAUAGAAAAUUCCAAGUCUAUACCAUAAUUGAAAGGGCUUGUAUGUUCUUAAAAGCACUUGCUGGUUGUACAUGCUGAGCUAUGAAUAAGUCCAAUAUUUUUCUUUUCAGUGAAAAA